AUGCCUCGCAGCGUGGGAGUGUCGUUUCCCGAAGUGGAGGUGCGCUUCGAGGGGGUGAGCGCGUCUGCCAAGGUGCAAGUGGGGGCGAGGGGCCUACCCAUGCUGCCCAACCUGCUGGCCAACCAAGCAAUGGUGGUGCUGAGGGAGGUGCGACUACUCAAGGAUCGGCGCCGCCUCUUCUUCGCUCUUCACGGCUGCUCUGGCAUCCUCAAGCCCGGCAGGGCUGAGAUAGUGUUGACAACUUUUCCGAACCCCUUAAAAGAAAUAUUCUUGAUCUUCCUAUUUCACAGGAUGACGCUGCUGCUGGGGCCACCAGGCAGCGGCAAGUCAACGCUGCUGAAGAUCCUGGCAGGGAAGGCGGAGAGAGAGCUGGGCGUGCAGGGCGAGGUCACGUACAACGGCCGCCCGGGGAGCCACUUCGUGCUGCCGCGCUCCGUGGUGUUUGUGCCUCAGAUGGACUCCCACAUCGGCGAGAUGACCGUCCGGGAGACGCUCCAGUUCUGCGCUCGCCUUCAGGGGCCCGGCCACCGCGCAGGUAGUGCAUUCUUUCUUUUCCCAAGUCAUCCUGGGUGGGUACAGUACAGAGUGGCCAUGGCCGAACUAUUUCGGCAUGUGGAGGACAAAGAGAGGGAGGCCAGCAACAAGCCAGAUGACGUCAUGGAGGCCGUGAUGAAGGCGAUGGCCGAUGAGAGGCAGUGCUUAGAUGUUGUGGUGCAGUACGUCCUCAAGAUGCUCGGCCUGGACGUGUGUGCUGAUACCAUGGUUGGGGACAGCAUGAGGAGGGGAGUAUCACGAGGGCAGACGAAGCGAGUGAGCAUCGCUGAGGCACUCGUGGGAGCAAAGCAGGUCGUGUUGAUGGAUGAGAUCUCCAAUGGGCUUGACUCCGCCACCACUUACCACAUCACCCGGUGCCUGCGCAACCCACUUCCCCUCUCUCUCCGAGAUGUGAUCCUCCCCAUCGCUAUAGUCACAAUGUCUGUCUUCUGGCGCUCCCAGUUGUCCAUCACCCUUCUGGACAGCAAUUUCUAUCUGGGAGCAAUUUUCUUCGGUAUGGUCACAAUGCUGUCAAGCAGCAUCAUCGAGCUCACACUGCUCACGGCCCGCCUGCCCGUCUUCUUCCUCCAACGGGACAACCUUCUCUUCCCCGCCUGGGCUUGGUCUGUUCCCAUGGCGCUGCUCUCUCUGCCCGUCUCCCUCUGGUCCGCUGGACGUCCAUCACCUACUACGGCAUCGGCUUCGCCCCCAAAUUCUCCCGGUAAGUAUAGCUUCAUCUCACAGCUGCUGCUCUUCUUUGUCACUCACAUGGCCGGCUUUGCGUUCUACCGAGCCGUAGCGACGGUCUUGCGAAGCACGACAGUGAUCAACACUCUUGGGAACUUCAUCAUCGUGCUGCUCUUCCUGCUCUCCGGCUUCAUCGUGUGUGCUUGUGAGGUGCGUGCUUGUGAGGUGUGUGCUUAUGAGGUGCGUGCUUGCGAGGUGCGUGCUUGUGAGGUGCGUGCUUGUGAGGUGCGUGCUUGUGAGGUGCGUGCGUGUGAGAUAUGUGCUUGUGAGGUGCGUGCUUGUGAGGUGCGUGCUUGUGAGGUGCGUGCUUGUGAGGUGUGUGCUUGUGAGGUGUAUGCUUGUGAGGUGUGUGCUUGUGAGGUGUGUGCUUGUGAGGUGCGUGCUUGUGAGGUAUGUGCUUGUGAGGUGCGUGCUUGUGAGGUGCGUGCUUGUGCGGUGCGUGCUUGUGAGGUGUAUGCUUGUGAGGUGCGUGCUUGUGAGGUGCAUGCUUGUGCGGUGCGUGCUUGUGAGGUGUGUGCUUGUGAGAUGUGUGCUUGUGAGGUGUGUGCUUGUGAGGUGUGUGCUUGUGCGGUGCGUGCUUGUGAGGUGUGUGCUUGUGAAGUGCGUGCUUGUGAGGUGUGUGCUUGUGAGGUGUGUGCUUGUGAGGUGGGUGAUUCUGACAUCCAUGGCGUGUGGGAGUGGGUGUAUUGGAUCUCGUCCCUCACCUUUUGCCAGAACGCCUUUUCUGCUAAUGAGUUCCUCGCCCCCCGAUGGGAUGUGGUAUGUGCUGUGCUGUGCCCUGGUACUGUAUGUGCUAAGAGUCCGGACGCAGUGAGCAGAGCCAUCACGUCCCAUGUUAGCGUCCCCGUGAGGGAGAUGUCAGCGACGAUUCUGUCCUGGUCGUCUGGUGCGCUUCAUGGGGUUGGGUGCCCUCUUCUUCUCUCACUCUCUGUCUCUCUCCACACCCUUCUCAUCCCACCUCCCCUUUCUCCUGUUUUAUCCCCUUUCCUUUCCUCAACCCCUUUCAACUCCUCCUCCCUCCUGUACUCCCUCCUCUCAACUCUCCUCCCUCAUCUUCCUUCGUAUCCCUCCUCACCCUUCUCCUACUUACCUCCAUUCUCCUUCCCCCCUCCUCCCAUGCCUCCGCCCCAGCUCUCCGAUCCCCCCUCGCUGAACACAACACUGGGCCUGCAAGUGCUCACACCGCGCAGCCUGUGGACCGAUGCCUACUGGGUGUGGGCGGGAGGGCUCGUUGGAAUCGCCUUCACUCUCUUCUGCAAUGUGCCAGUGAUCUCCCAGCAUCAGCUAGACGCUCGAGAGAUAGCUCUAGGCGGCACCAACCUGGAAUGUUCCUCACGCUCCUCCUCCCUGCGCCCCCUCACGCUCUCCCGCACCGGCUCCACUGCCAUUGCCCGCUUCCUCGCCACCGACUGCUUCCACUCCCCCAAGAGCCUCGCCAGACCUUCCCUUUCUGCCCGCUCGCUCACAAGCCUUCCUUCGGGCAGCACGAAGCGAGCAUGGCAUGUCCUCCCCUUUGAUCCGCUCACUCUCUCCUUCCACAACGUAAACUACUAUGUCGACAUGCCCGCUGAGCUAAAGGACAAGGCCGCGCGGCCCGGCCAGCGGCUGCAACUGUUGCGUAACGUGUCCGGCGUGUUUCGUCCCGGAGUGCUGACCGCCUUGAUGGGGGUGUCUGGGGCAGGAAAGACCACGCUAAUGGACGUGCUGGCAGGGAGGAAGACCGGGGGUCACAUCGAAGGGGAUGUCCGAGUUUCCGGUUACCCGAAAGUGCAGGAGACGUUUCUGAGGGUGUCGGGGUAUUGUGAGCAGGUGGACAUUCACACGCCCCAGGUGACCGUGCACGAGUCUCUGCUCUACUCCGCCUGGCUAGGCUUGCCCGAGGAGAUCGAUAGAGAUGUCAUCCUGCACACUAUCCACCCCUUCAAGCACACUCAUCCAACAAAAGUUCCCUCUCUUAUCUCCGCACUCCUCUCUUCCCUCUCUCAUCUCCUUAUUCCUCUCUUCCCUCUCUCAUCUCCGCACUCCUCUCUUCUCUCUCAUCCCCGCACUCCUCUCUUCCCUCUCUCAUCUCCGCACUCCUCUCUUCCCUCUCUCAUCUCCGCACUCCUCUCUUCCCUCUCCAUCUCCGCACUCCUCUCUUCCCUCUCCAUCUCCGCACUCCUCUCUUCCCUCUCCAUCACCGCACUCCUCUCUUCCCUCUCUCAUCUCUGCACUCCUCUCUUCCCUCUCUCAUCUCCGCACUCCUCUCUUCCCUCUCUCAUCUCUGCACUCCUCUCUUCCCUCUCUCCUAUCCUCACUCCUCUCUUCCCUCUCUCAUCUCCGCACUCCUCUCUUCCCUCUCUCAUCUCCGCACUCCUCUCUUCCCUCUCCAUCUCCGCACUCCUCUCUUCCCUCUCUCAUCUACGCACUCCUCUCUUCCCUCUCCAUCUCCGUACUCCUCUCUUCCCUCUCCAUCUCCCAUGUCCCAUCUCCCAUCUCCCAUCUCAAUCCCCUCUCCGUACGCCCCAUGAAAUUCGAGGAGGGGGUGAUGGAGCUGGUGGAGCAAGCACCGUGGAGGAGCUGGUGGAGUUAGAGCCGGUAGAAGGGGGCGCUGGCGGGAGUCUGUGCUCAUGCCUCGCUCCCCCCUCCCCUCUGCCCUCUCCUCUCCAGGAAUUCGUGGAAGAGGUGGAGGACCUGGUGGAGCUAGAGCCGGUAAAGGGAGCUCUGGUGGGGAGGGCGGGGCAGGUCGGGCUGUCAGUGGAGCAGAGGAAGCGGCUGACCAUCGCAGUGAAGCUCGUAGCCAACCCCGCCAUCAUCUUCAUGGAUGAACCCACCUCAGGUAAAGUCCUCUUGCAGGAGGACCUGGUCUAUCCAUUGCUUGGCACCCCAGGGCUGGACUCAAGGGUAGCGGCCAAAGUGAUGAGGGCGGUGCGCAACAAAGCCAAAACUGGCCACGCAUUGUUUCUCCCUCUUUCCCCCUCAUGCUCCUCUCCCUCCAUCUCCUCACAUCCUCGUCCCUUCUCAGGCCUGGAUGCGAGGGCAGCGGCCAUAGUGAUGAGGGCGCUGCUGUUGAUGCAGAGGGGAGGAGAGGUCAUCUACACGGGGUCACUGGGGAAGCAAUCAUGCGACCUCGUUUGCUACUUCAAGCCCGGGGCCAACCCAGCAGCGUGGAUGCUCGAGGUCAUGGCGUCAGCAUCAGCAGAGCGACUCAGAGUCGACUUUGCUCACCUGUUCCUCCAGUCCGACCAGUUCAGCAUGUCCCACGAAGGGGAACCGGAUCUUCACUUUCCAACUCACUACCCGACAACGCUGCUCUCGAAGUUCGCCACCCAUGUGUGGAAGCGGCACCGCAUGUACUGGCGCAUGCCCGACUACAACGGCGAGCGCCUCUUCUUCUCCUUUGUCAUGAGCCUCCUCAUUGGCGGCGUCUUCUUUGGCUCGGGAAAAUUCACGGGAGACGCCGCAGCAGAUUUUGUGUUACAGCUGGGAGAUGUAACGACACUGGUGGUGAAUCCACCAGGCAUGCCAGCUCAAACGGUAUCGCAGUUCAUCCAGCUCUACUACGGCUUCUCCCAUGACGGGCUGGGCUAUGCCGCUACUGCCCUGCUCGGCUUCUCCUGCCUCUUCUAUGUGUGCACCUACGCCCUCCGCAAUCUCAACUUCCAAAUGCGAUAG